AUGCGAGAUACGGGUGCGCUCGCCGCUCGAUCUCUCGCCCACGUCGAGCCGCACAUCCAGCCCGGGGUCACCACCGCGGCGCUAGACGCGAUCGUGCGUGAUUUCAUAGCCGACAAUGGCGCGACCGCCGCCACCUUAGGGUACAGAGGGUACAAGCACUCGUCGUGCAUCAGCGUCAACGAGGUCGUCUGCCACGGGGUGCCAUCGGACAAGGUCACGUUGAAGGCUGGGGACAUCGUCAACGUGGACGUCACCACCGUGCUCAACGGAUGGUACGGGGACACGAGCAAGACGUUCGUGGUCGGGGGCGAGGACGCGGCGAGCGAUGAGGCGAACAGGCUGGUGCGAACGACGCGGGAGGCGCUGAGGCUGGGGCUGUCGGGAUGCAGGGCUGGCGCCAGGCUCGGGGACGUGACCGAGCCGAUACACGAGCACCUGAGUCGCGCGGGGUACGGUGUCGUGAACCAGUUCAGAGCGCACGGCAUCGGGCGGACGUUUCACGCGGCGCCGUUCAUCCAGCACGGCAAAGGACGAAGGGGACAGGGGCUACUCCUGAAGCCCGGGAUGUUCUUCACCGUCGAGCCGAUGGCCAACGAAGGCGCGGUGGCGACAAAGACCCUUAAGGACGGCUGGACUGUGGUGACAAAGGACGGUAAAUUAUCCGCCCAGUUCGAACACACCGUGGGGGUGGUGGAGGGCGGGUGCGAGGUGUUCACGCGCGUUCCGGGGACCGACGCGUUCAUCUGA